AUACUCCAUACAUUGUUAUUGGGAGUGGUAAAGUAUUGUUGGGGUCAGACGGUUAAUCUUCUUGAGAAGGUAAAACUUUUGGAUCUUUUUCAGACACAUCUUGACUCAAUUGCAAAGGACAGACUCAAUGCUCUGUGUCUAAAUGCCAAUUACAUUUGCCACUAUAAGGGCAGUCUCAUUGGAAAACACUCCAAAAGCUUGAUGAUGAUCAAUAUCCGACAAGUGUAUUCAGUG